CCCUGAUUGUAUAAAAGCAGGAGGACACCCUGCACCUUUCCCCUCUACUGUCUAAAGUCUACACACACAUCAGCGUAACCAGCUGCCAUCAUGCCUGCUGACUUCAGUGGAAAAUGGAUACUGGAGAACAAUGACAUAUUUGAGGAGUAUUUGAAAGUGUUGGACAUUGACUUUGCUACAAGGAAAAUUGCCAUCUCCCUGUCUCAGACCAAAGUUGUAUCCCAAGAUGGAGACAAGUUUACUUUCAAAACACUGAGCACCUUCAGGAAUUAUGAGCUCUCCUUCACUGUAGGGGUGGAGUUUGACGAGCACACCAAGGGACUAGACAACCGAAACAUCAAGUGUCUUGUGACCUGGGAGGGGGAUAAGCUGGUGUGCACUCAGAAAGGAGAAAAGGCUAACCGUGGCUGGAAACACUGGAUCGAAGGAGACAAACUCUUCCUGGAGCUGACGUGUGAAGAUGUAGUUUGUGUGCAGGUGUUCAAGAGAAAAGCAUAAACGGAAAUAUCAGGGUUUUUUGUAUUUGUGCAUAUUUGCUCCUCAAUCACGUUUUCCCAAACGUAUGAACAAAAUGAAUAAAAGUGCUUUUCAGA